UUUGGCAUCAUUCACUUCUUGCAUUCGUUGUGACAAAGAACCAACCACACGCUUAACACCGAAAUUAUUCAACACAUUUCGAAAACAUGGCAUUCAAGUUUGUAUUCGCACUCGCUUUCGUCGCUGCGGCCAGCGCUGGAUAUAUACCCGCUGCUCCAGUAUACCAUGCCGCACCAGCCGUCGCUGUGCACGCAGCACCUGUUGCUGUAGCCCAAAAGGUCGUUGUGAAAUCCGAGGAAUACGAUCCUCAUCCUCAAUACAAAUUCUCUUAUGGCGUUGAUGACAAGCUCACCGGUGAUUCCAAGAGCCAAGUGGAGGAACGUGAUGGUGAUGUGGUUCAUGGUGAAUACUCUCUGAUUGACGCUGAUGGUUACAAACGCACUGUUCAAUACACUUCCGAUCCCGUCAACGGUUUCAAUGCCGUCGUCAACCGUGAACCUCUUGUUAAAGCUGUUGCCGUCGCUCCAGUUGUAAAGACUGUUGCCCCAGUCGCGCACUAUGCUGCUCCAGUCGCUCACUACUCAGCCCCCGCGGUGGUCAAGACUGUUGCUCCCGUAGCUCAUUAUGCUGCCCCAGUGGCUCACUACGCCGCUCCAGCUGCCCAUUACGCAUCCUAUGCCGCCCCCGCUGUCGCCAAAUACCAUCACUAAAGACUAUAAAGACUUCGAAUAUUACCCAUUGAAAUCAAUAAUUGUGAAUGUAUCUGUUCUUGUUAUUAAUUUAUGUAUGCAUGUUUACAUCGAUCAAAAUG